UGAAUUCGGCUAUAUUAUACGGCUGAGACAACCCUUACGGUUCUACCGUCAUCCAUCCUCCUCUCUCUUUUCCUCUGCUUCCUACCACCGCUAUGGACUUCACGAAAAAACGAAAAGCCGAUGAAACUGGCACCGCAAUUAGCCCUAAUUCAUCAACCGCCGUCGCCCCUACCGCCCUAACCCCAGAAGACAUACGCAAGGUAAUCGACCCUUUCACAAAGGAGCAGCUUCUUGACAUCGUCCAAACUGCAGCGAUUCGUCAUUCCGAUGUCCUUGAUUCCAUCCGUACCGUAGCCGACGGCGAUAUCUCCCUUCGCAAGCUUUUUAUCCGGGGCCUUUCUUCCGAGACCACCACCGAGACUAUCCGAGCUCUUUUUUCCUCGUACGGCGAGCUCGAGGAGGCCAUCGUAAUCUUCGACAAGAACACAGGAAAAUCUAAGGGAUUUGGGUUCAUCACUUUUAAACACGUGGACGGUGCCUUAGUUGCGUUGAAGGAACCCAGCAAGAAAAUUGACGGCCGGAUGACCGUUACCCAGUUGGCCUCUGCCGGGCUAUCUAAUAGUGGGGCUAAUGGUGGUGAUGUUUCGUCGAGGAAGAUUUAUGUUGGGAAUGUGCCGUAUGAUAUACCAUCAGAGAGAUUGUUAGGGUUUUUCUUGGCUUAUGGAGAGAUUGAAGAGGGACCGCUAGGGUUUGAUAAGGCGACUGGUAAAUCAAAGGGCUUUGCUUUUAUCAUAUACAAGACUGAGGAGGCGGCAAAGGCGGCCAUUGCUGAGCCUAUGAAGAUUAUAGAUGGCCAUCAAGUUCUUUGUAAGAUGGCUGUGGUCAAUAAGAAGGUUAAAGCUCAAGGUGGUAUGGGCGGUGAUACUGCACAAACGCAGCCACUGCCGCAAGCACAGCCAACCCCACAGCCACAACCACCUCAACCACAGUCUUCAAUGCCUGGAUCUCAGUACAGUUUUCCGGGCAAUUUGCCACCCUACGGAGGGUUUUCUGGAUUGGGUAGUAAUGGUUAUGGAUUGAAUUCCUCCUUGCCUGGUUCGAUUAGUGGUGCAGGUUAUGGUGGUCCAUAUGGGGUUUCACAGCAUGGGGUACCGAGUUCUGGUGAGUUUGGUGGAUUGAACAAUGCAGGGAAUUCGAUGUAUAGGAUGCCACCGAGUUCGGCUGGACUGGCUUCUGGAGUAUAUCCAGAUGGUGGGCCUUAUGGUUUAUCUCAGCAACACCAGCCAUCACCAUUGCCCCCUAGAGUUCCACCUGGAGGGAUGUAUCCGGGCAUGCCACCAUAUUAUUGAGGUGAAUUGCCCCAUUUAUUCAGUGUUUGAGGUGUAUGAGAGCUUCCUGGGCACAAAUGCUUUAAAUGGUUGUCGUGAUUUGGUGAAUGCAGACAAUGAAAUCUUUGGUUUAAUUAUGUGGACUGCUGUGCUUUUGUUGCUGCUUCACUUCAUCUGCUUCCAAUAAGUUGUGGUUGGAUUUGUGAUGGAUGCUACUUGAAUUUUAUAAAAGUUAGUUUAGACUCUAAAUCAGUACUUUUUUGGAAAGGUUGUAGAACUUUUUUGGUGGUGUGCUGGAAUAUAUUUGUCUUUAUUUAUUAGAAAAUUGUGUUUCCUGCUU